GUCCCAGGGAAGUUGUCUCUGAGUCAGAUUCCUUAGAGGUUUCAACCCCCACUGAGCCAGAUAACUCCAAACAACCAGAGAGCAACAUCUCAGACAAGUGUUUCCCUUGCCCCGUUUGCGGUUGGAAAUUUCCGAAAGCACGUGAAGACAACGUGGGGGGCAACCGACCAAUGACAGGGACCAGCGGAAGUGGAGCUGUUGCUAGGCGACGUUGUUGUCUGGCGGAGUUUGCGGGCUGUUUGGAGCAAACAUCUUGUUUUCCCAUCUUCACACUUUCGUGGGAAACGGAUAAUAGCUUCAGCUUUUCACAUGGAUGUAGAAAAAGUGGACGCGCCUCAGCUUGAGCUGGAGGCUGUUAUCGGCUUCAACGGUCACGUGGUUUCUGGCCUGAGGGUCCACCCAGACAGAGAUCACCUCAUCUAUCCACUGGGGUGCACAGUUGUUGUGAAGAGACUCAAAGAUGGCAAACAGGACCUGCUGCACGGACACACAAACAACGUGUCCUGCAUUUCAGUGUCCAAAAAUGGACUGUACAUCGCCUCUGGACAGGUCAUCUUCAUGGGGUUUAAGGCUGUCAUAAUCAUCUGGGACUUUGCGGGACGUUCCAUCUAUGCUGAGCUGUCCCUCCACCAGGCUAAGGUCGAGUCACUGGCCUUCUCUCCCAACAGCAAGUACCUGGUGUCCCUGGGGGGUCAGGACGAUGGCAGUAUUGUGGUGUGGAAUGUGGAGACCAAACAGGCUAUCUGCGGGAGCCCGGCAUCAGCUUACAGCACCGGUCACUGCCUCACUGUGCAAUACUCAAACACUAAUGACAAUGUGUUUGUCUCUGCUGGAAAUCGAACGCUGAGAGUCUGGGAGCUGGACCUCCGCAACAGGAAGAUCAGACCCACAGAGUGUCAGACAGGAAAGCUGAAGAGGAUUGUAAAAUGCAUAGAGAUGUCAGAGGAUGAUCAGUUCAUUUUCUGUGGCACCACCAGCGGAGACAUAAUGAAAAUCAACAUGAAGACAGGUCUUCUGAGCAAUUGUGGUCCACUUAAAACAAAAUUAAACCUGGGUGUCAGUGUCCUAAGGAUGCUUCAGUCUGGGGACCUGCUUGUAGGCUCUGGAUCUGGGACCUUCACUCUGUGUUCCAGGAAUAACUUCAAGACUCUUAAGGAGGUACAGCUGGAAAAGGGGGUGACCUCCAUUACUUUAAGAGGAGAAGGCCAGCAGUUCUUUGUUGGGACAGAAGCCGGUCAGAUGUAUCGCUUCAGUUACCAGGACUUCACGCCUGAACUCAUAUCUACCAGCCACCCCAGCGCUGUCAAAGACGUAGCCAUCCCUUUUGGAACAUCUGAAUUAUUUGCAACCUGCUCUGAGGAGGACAUCAGAGUGUGGCACAUCGACAAGGCCAAAGAGCUACUGCGCAUCACUGUACCCAACAUGACGUGCAAUUCCCUGGACUUCAUGGUUGACGGACAUAGCAUCAUCAGUGCAUGGAAUGAUGGGAAGAUUCGCGUGUUUGGCCCUGAAAGUGGUCGGUUGAUGCUCAUUAUUCACAACGCGCACAGAAUGGGCGUGACAGCCAUCGCUGGCACCAGAGACUGCAAGAGGAUAGUCAGUGGAGGAGGAGAGGGGCAGGUGCGUGUUUGGGAGCUGCAUUCAAGUGGACAUCAGCUCCUGGAGACCAUGAAAGAGCACAAAGCCACCGUCACCUGCAUCAAAAUCAAGAGCGAUGACAAGAUGUGUGUCACUGCUAGCUCUGAUGGCGCCUGCAUCAUUUGGGACAUAGUGCGAUUUCUGAGUCUUCAAAUGGUGAUCGCCAACACAAUGUUCAGGACAGUGUGCUACCACCCAGAGGAGUAUCAGAUCAUCACCAGUGGCACAGACAGGAAGGUGGCCUACUGGGACGUGUACGACGGCGCCGCCCUCAGAGAGCUGGAAGCCUCCAAGUCCGGGGCCAUUAACGGCAUGGACAUCUCACAGGACGGCAAAUACUUUGUGACAGGAGGCGUUAUUGCUGGCUUCUUCGUUCCAUCACUCUUUGUUUUUCGUGCCCUCUCACGGCACCACGGCACAUCCUCCCCUCGCACUCCUCCCUCGUUAUUAAUACAUCUCCCCCCCCUUUCCGGGCCAGGUGGUGAUGACAAGCUGGUGAAGGUGUGGGACUACAUGGAGGGAGUGGUCACCCACAUGGGGAUCGGUCACGGCGGAAGUAUCGUCAGUGUCAAGAUUUGCUCCAACAGCCGCACCUUAAUCAGCACCAGCGCAGAUGGAGCUGUUCUCCGGUGGAGGUUCCCUCACUCCUCCACCUACUAACAUCAAGCUCAUAGCAUGAACCAGCAAAGUCAUUCUCCAAUUUCUACAACACUCACUUCUUUCAACAUCCCCUAAUCUUAGGAGCAUCUGCAGCGUGUUUACUCCCUGAUCAAAUAAAUCACUUAUUUAAGCUUCA